AAUAAAAAAGAAGAAGAAGAAGAGAGGGCGGAAUAAUAAAGCAGGUGAGGAUCAGCGACGAGAACAGAACGCGAGAAGAAGAAGAAGAAAAACUCCAUAGGCGCGCAGAGAUGGAGCGACCCAGAAACUAAACCCUCCAUCGAAGGCGGCGGCCGUCGAGAUUUUCGCCGGCGGGACCUUUUCCGGGGGCCCCCACAUCCGUUCGUCCUCCGCCGUCUGCUCCGGAAUCCUUCCCCGAGGGGGGGAAAAGGGGAGGAAAGGGGGGAAAAGGUCGCUUCUUGGUCCUUCGCCGCCUGUCUCAUCCAUGCCCGAGACCGGACCCGCCGCGACGGCCGCAGAUCCGAUCCCGACGACCCAGAAUUUCCCAGACUCCGCCCAGCGGGAGCACCGGUUCCGCGGCGUCCGGAGGCGGCCCUGGGGCAGGUUCGCCGCCGAGAUCCGGGACCCGUGGAAGAAGGCCCGAAUCUGGCUCGGCACCUUCGACUCCGCCGAGGACGCCGCCCGCGCCUACGACGAGGCCGCCCUCUCCCUCCGCGGGCCCAAGGCCAAGACCAACUUCCCUCUCGACCCGCUCACCGGCUUGCCCCAGGCCGCGCCGUCCCCGGCGGCGCUCCUCCCUAGGCCCCGGCCGCGGCCCCGGCCCCGCGGCCGGCGGCGCCGCGGCCCGCCCGCGGAGGAUUUCCACGUCAACCGGCCGACCAGCAGCAGCCUGAGCAGCACGGUGGAGUCGUACAGCGGUCCCCGGGUCUCGCAUCCGGCACCGGCGGUCCCCAGGGUCGUGGCCGUCCCCAGGGCCCCGCCGGAGGACUGCCGGAGCGACUGCGACUCGUCGUCGUCGGUGAUUGACGACGUGGACGACUGCUGCGUGCUGGCGCCCUCGUGCUUCCGGAGAGCGUUGCAGUUCGAUCUGAACCUGCCUCCGCCGCUGGAGGACGCGGAUCUCGACGGUGAGGAGCUUCGCGCCACUGCCCUGCGCCUCUGAUCCAUUGUACGACCAGGAUUUGAUAUCAAGUUUUCUCUUCUUUUUUUGGGGGUAUUUCCAUCACUUUACGACCUCUAAUCUUGUAUCGCGUUCCGGGAAGAAUGAUAAAGAGAGAGUGGAGAGAUUCGGGCAAUCUUGUUUUCUUUUUUUUUUCUCCAGAGAUAAUCUACUUAUUUUUAGAUCUCCUGUAGAUUAUAUGCUUUUGUCCAUGAAACUUGAUGGGCUUUCGGAUAGAAGAUUUAUGUAUCUGCUAAUCAGACCUUGUUGAUCUGCGUGUACAAAAAUGUCAUCUCCUUUUUGGCUAAGAAUAAUCCUUAUGACUCAA